UACUGUGUCAGCACCCAUACCCAUGCCGAGACCCACCAGACCCGUACCGGUGCCAAGACCCACCAGACCCGUACCGGUGCCAAGACCCACCAGACCCGUACCGGUGCCAAGCCCACCAGACCCGUACCGGUGCCUAGACCGGUAUCAGCACCCAUACCAGCACCGAGACCGGGCACUAGCCAACAAGACAUGGAUUUGAAAAGCAAGUUGAUCGAAUGGAGAGACUGGUUAAUAAAUCAUGUACCUAAGGCUAUUAAGGAGAAAGCGAGCAAAGCUUUCAAAACCAUGAAGGAUAAGAUCAUGGGUUUGUAUAAAAAGGGCAGUGGAGAGGAAGAGGAGGAGGAGGAGGAGGAGGAGGAGGAAAACCCCUAUACCCCCAUUGAAGAAGCUUUUGUAGGUUCAUACAAACGUUUCAAAAUAAACUCGGAUGGUGGGAAGAAUGUCAGGGUCUUUCUCGAAAAGGUCGAGCACGUCGUAAAUAGGUUGAUGAGUGACGUGCUAGGGCAGAAGAAGUCGCUGAAGACUCAGGCGACCUUGUGGGUGAAAUGGGUAAGGGAGGACACCAGCUCGAGCGAUGCCCCGUGUGUACAUGUCGAUAAAGCUUUCAAUAGUUAUAUGGAGAUACUGCACGCCCACGAUGACAUUUCUGAUGUUUUCGAUCGGAUGUGUAAUAAGAUAAUCGAGCAGAUUGAAAACCCUGCUCUACCCGCCAGCGGGUUCACAAUCGAAAGGAUCCUACAUAUGCAUGUGGACUUUCACAAACUAAAAUUAACUAGAGGUAGUUCUUACUUGCCGCUACCUAAGAAUUUCAGUGGAAAGCGAUCUGUGAUUAACCCUCAUAACGAGGAUGAUGAUAAAUGUUUCAGAUGGGCUAUUAUCGCUGCUCUCAAUCAUGAUAAGAUCGAUAAUCACCCUGAACGAAUCUCAAUCCUUAAGAAGCAUGAUAAGUAUAAUUGGGAUGGUCUAACUUUCCCAAUGGCGCUAAACAAGAUAGAUUUGUUUGAGAGAAGGAACCCCGAUGUCGCUGUGCAUGUUUUGACAAAGGAUGAGGGAGAAGGUAUCUACAUGUGUCGCAAGUCGAAGCAUCUUGACCGUAAGGAGACGGUUGUUUUGUUUUUGCUGUGUGAGGGUGAUAAGAAGCACUACAUUGCUGUUAAGAACUUGAGCGGUGUACUGAGCAAGGUUAACUCGAAGGAUGGACAUAGAGAGCAUUAUUGCUUGAAUUGUCUCUCUGGUUUUCCAAGCGAACAGAAAAGGGAUGAGCACUUUGAGUAUUGCAAGAAUAACGAUGCUGCUAAGAUUCAACUCCCUAAGGAGGGUAGCACCCUAACCUUCACCGAUGGUAAGUUUCAGCUCAAAGCCCCAUUCAUCAUGUAUGUCGAUUUCGAAGCUUUUACAAAAGAGUUGCCAGAAGAUGAGAGAAAAUGCGGAUCAUCCACCGAGAAAGUUGGUAAACAUGUUCCCACCGGAUUCUGUUGUUAUAGUAAAUAUGCUCAUGGUGAAGUGCCGGACCCUCUGAAUCUUUACCGCGGUGAGGACUGUGUUCCGCGCUUUGUAGAUCAUGUAGUUUCUGAGGCGAAAAGGUUAUAUAACAUGUUUCCUCAGAAAGCAAUGGAUCCACUGACGGAUGAAGAGCGUGACGGUUUCAAUAGAGCCAGGGUGUGUCACAUUUGCAUGGAAGAAUUUGAUGACAAGGAUGACAUCAAGGUUAGGGAUCACUGCCAUUUCACCGGUAAGUUUCGUGGGGCUGCCCAUCAGAAAUGUAAUCUGCGUUACAAGGUUCCUAAUUAUAUUCCGGUUGUCUUCCACAAUCUGAGUGGCUACGAUGCGCAUUUAUUCAUUAAGGAGCUUGCUAGGAAGUACGGAGAAGAUGGUAUGGGUGUAAUCGCGGAGAAUAAGGAGAAAUAUAUCUCUUUCUCUACGGAUGUUAAGGUUGGUGAAUACACUAACAAAAAUGGGGAGACUAAGGACAGAAAGGUACAACUGAGAUUCAUAGACUCAUUUAGAUUUAUGUCAAGCGGCCUAAGCUCCCUGGCUGACAACCUAUCAGAUGAUCAAUGCAAAAACCUUCGAAAAUUCUUCAAUGGUGACGAAUUCAACAUAAUGAGAAGGAAGGGUGUAUACCCAUAUGAGUAUGUUAACUCAUUCGAUAGGUUUAAUGAAACUGAGCUCCCGUCAAAGGAUGAUUUCUACAGCAAGCUGAACAUGAAUGGUAUCAGCGAUGCCGAUUAUGCGCAUGCCCAGAAGGUGUGGAAGGACAUGAAAGUUGAAAAUAUGGGCGUUUAUCAUGAUAUCUAUCUCAAGACGGAUGUUCUGCUUCUGAGUGAUGUGUUUGAGACAUUCAGAGAAACAUGCUUGAGAAACUACGAUCUAGACCCGGCUCACUUUUACACUGCUCCGGGAUUAGCCUGGAGGGCGUGUUUGAAAAAGACCAAGGUUAGUCUAGAUUUAUUGUCGGAUAUGGAGAUGGUCAUGUUCAUUGAGAGUGGUAUUAGGGGUGGAUUGUGUCAGGCUGUCCACCGCUACGCCAAGGCCAACAAUAAGUAUAUGGGGGACGACUACAACACAUCGGAUGGGAAUUGCAUGGAUUUAUUUGAGCAGCAGGAAAUGGCUAAAACCGUGCCUUUUGUAAAAAGAAAAUUGAUUGAAUUGAGGUACUGGUUGAUGAAACAUGUACCUAGGGUCAUCAAGGUGAAAACUAGUAAAGCUUACAGAGCCAUGAAGGAUAAGAUCAUGGGUUUGUAUGAAAAGGUAUGUUGGGGACCGUCUGUACCGAAAGAGGAAAAACAAUAUACCACCAAAGCCAACACAUCUGAGAGUAAGGAGAUGAAUAGCUAUCUCCAGUACCUAGAUGCAAAUAAUUUGUACGGCUGGGCCAUGAUUCAGAAGAUGCCGACCGGAGGGUUUGAGUGGGUUGAUGACGUGGUUUCUGAUUUUACACCCGAACUGAUUUCACAAUUAGCUGUGGAAAACGGUGAAAAGGGGUACAUCCUUGAGGUUGAUGUUAGCUAUCCACGGGAGCUUCAUGAUUCUCAUAACGACCUUCCUUUCAUGCCCGAGAGGAAGAUCAUUAAUGGCGUCGAGAAGCUGACACCGUGUCUUUUAGACAAGAAGAAAUAUAUCACUCAUAUCCGUGCGCUUGAUCAAGCGUUGAAGCAUGGUCUUGUUCUUGAGAAGGUUCAUAGGGUCUUGAGAUUUGAUCAGAGUGCGUGGUUGAAGUCGUACAUAGAUUUCAACACUGAUUUGCGUACCAAAUCAACUAAUGACUUCGAAAAGGACUUUUUCAAGCUGAUGAAUAAUUCGGUCUUUGGGAAGACAAUGGAGAAUCAGCGAAGGCAGAAGGAUAUACGUUUGGCUACCAAGAAAGAACAAUAUGAGAAGCUGGUGAUGAAGCCCAACUUCAAGGGUAGCACGUGGUUCUCGGAAACACUGAUGGGCAUAGAGAUGUCCAAGAUCAAGGUCAAAAUGAAUAAGCCAAUCUACCUGGGACUGGCAAUUCUCGACUUGUCCAAGAUGGUUAUGUAUGAGUUCCACUAUGAUUACAUGAGACCAAAAUAUGGUGUGGAUGUAAAGCUUUGCUACAUGGAUACGGAUUCAUUCGUCUACCACAUAAAAACCGACGACUUUUACAAAGAUAUCGCCGACGAUGUAGCUUUGAGAUUUGACACGUCAGGGUACGAUGAGAAAGAUGGUAGACCCCUACCAUUAGGUUUGAAUAAAAAGAUCAUUGGGCUGAUGAAGGACCAAUUAGGUGGCAAGGUAAUGACGGAGUUUGUCGCCCUAAGAGCUAAGACCUACGCUUACAAACAGCUAUGUGGUAGUGAGGAUAAGAGGUGCAAGGGUGUCAAGAAGUGUGUGGUAAGGAAGACCAUAGGUUUCGAUGACUAUAAGAGAUGUCUGUUCGAGGGUGAAAAUGUUUACAGGGAACAGAUGACCUUUCGAUCGAUUAAGCAUGAUGUUCAUACCAUAAAAACAAAUAAACUCGCUCUCAAUGCUGAUGAUGAUAAGCGCAUAAUUAUGGAAGAUGGUAUUACCACACUGGCUAGAGGACAUUAUAGGCACAUAACACUAUAAAUUAUAGGGCACGACAGAUGAGGGUGGGUAGGGACCCAUCGGACGGGGAGGGGGCCCGGGGGACACGGCAGGGGGAGGGGUUUUUGGACAGAUAUUAUAGAGCAUGCCCGCUUAUUUGACGUAAAGUGGUAAAGUGCACAUGGAUUUUAUCGACUCUUCUAUCGUUGAUUUAACGGGGAUGAUCCAUAAUUUAACGUGGGAUAGGAAACUGCUAACGUGGUCUGUCCUAACAUUGGUACUUUCCUAUCUCUGGCCGAGUCCGUGAUUUAGGGAAAUCGCGGGUUUUCGUUUGCCGGCGAUUAAACUGCUUUUAUUCAGCGUCUCAUCAAAAAUGAAAACAUAUUUGAAAACUACAAGUCUCAUGCGUUUUAGUGGUGAAAAAAUAAUUUAAAAAAUCGUUCGG